GUUUAUAAACCACAUAGGAGGUCAGCCAGCUGAGUAUCCAGUUUAAAGUUCAGAGUUCAAUCUCACAGCACCAAGCAAAAAGGAAGCAGAUUAAGGGCAGCCGAGCGAGCAGAGGUUGUCAAUUACGUGCCUUAAUGAGUCACUGGAAGCAGCCGUCGAAACUCGCCAUGCUUGUAGUACUGCUGCUGCUGCUAUGUCAUGCAGUGGACAGAGUCCAUUGCUCGACGCAUCAUAACAACAGCCAAGAUUUUCAUUCGCUGCUUGAGUUCCACAAGGGCAUCACCAGUGAUCCGCACGGAGCCUUGAGCAAUUGGAACCCCAGCAUACACUUCUGCCAUUGGCAUGGUGUGAACUGCAGUUCCACUCGACCAUAUCGAGUCACGGAGCUCAAUCUCAACGGCCAAAGCUUGGCUGGCCAAAUCAGCUCCUCUCUUGGAAACCUGACCUUCCUUCAGACCCUUGAUCUUAGCAACAAUAGCUUCAUUGGCCCCCUACCUCUUCUUAACAAGCUCCGAAACCUGGACGUACUUUUUCUGGGAAGCAACCUUUUGGAGGAUGUUAUUCCUGAUUGGCUUACAAACUGUUCUAACUUAGUCCAACUAGAUCUCUCUGAAAACAAUCUCACCGGUCAUAUUCCUUCAAACAUAGACAUUCUAAAAAAGCUAGAAUAUAUAGGCCUUUACUAUAAUAAUCUCACCGGUGUCAUCCCACCAACCUUGGGAAACAUCUCCACACUAGAUGUAGUUGAUCUUUCAAUGAAUCAACUAAGUGGAAGCAUUCCUGAUGAUGUUUGGAAAAUAUCGAACAUAACACAGUUAUUUCUACAACAAAAUAAUCUAUCAGGCGGAAUCCUAGAUACUCUCUCUAAAUUAUCUUCUCUUGUGAUAUUAAACUUGCACACCAAUAUGUUGGGAGGCACAUUGCCAUCAAACAUUGGUGAUGUGCUCCCUAAUCUGCAAGAACUAUACUUAGGAAAGAAUAAUUUUGUGGGUACAAUUCCAAAUUCCCUAGGUAAUCCUUCGAGUCUUAAAAUCAUAGAUCUAUCAAUAAACUAUUUUAGGGGCAAAAUUCCGAACUCUUUUGGAAAUCUUUCACAUUUGCAGUCUCUAAACCUUGAGGUAAACAUGCUUGGAUCAAGGGAUAGUGAAGGCUUGCAAUUCUUUGAUGCCCUCGCAAAUUGUAGAUCUCUCGUUACACUUUCAGUGUCCAAUAAUCAGCUACAUGGUCCUAUACCAAACUCGAUUGCUAAUCUGUCCACUAGUCUUGGACAACUAGUGAUGGGUUGGAACAGCCUAUCAGGAACAAUUCCCCCAACCAUUGGAAAACUUAGUGGCUUAUAUAGAUUAUCACUACAAAACAAUAAUCUUACAGGUACCAUUGAGGAAUGGAUCGGAAAGAUGACAAAUCUACAAUUUUUAACACUACAGUCAAACAACUUCAUAGGGAAAAUUCCACCUUCAAUUGGCAAUCUUACACAGUUGAUAGAUAUCUUCUCUGUAGCCAAAAACAAUUUAUCUGGUUUUGUACCAUCUAACUUCUGGAAUCUUAAAAUAUCGAAGUUGGACCUUAGCCAUAACAAUUUCCAAGGGAGCAUACCUGUUCAAUUUAGUAACUUAGAACUCAUCUGGCUAAAUCUUUCAUCAAACAAAUUUAGUGGUGAAAUUCCUGGAACUUUAGGACAACUUGAACAAAUACAGACCAUUCAAAUGGACCAAAACAUUCUUACUGGAAACAUUCCGCCCAUAUUUAGUCGACUAUAUAGCUUGAACUUGCUCAAUCUUUCCCAUAACAAUUUAUCUGGCCCCAUGCCAACUUUUCUAAGUGGUCUAAAUCUUAGUAAACUAGAUCUAUCCUACAACAAUUUUCAAGGACAAAUACCAAGAACUGGUGUAUUCAAUAAUCCCACAAUUGUUUCACUAGAUGGCAAUCCAGAAUUGUGUGGAGGAGCCAUGGAUUUGCAUAUGCCUCCGUGCCAUGAUACUUCAAAAAGAGUAGGUAGAUCAAACUUAUUGAUCAAAAUAUUGAUCCCAAUUUUUGGGUUCAUGUCACUCGUAUUGCUGGCCUACUUUUUACUCCUAGAGAAGAGGACGUCAAGAAGAGAAUCUAGAUUAGAGCUAUCAUAUUGUGAGCAUUUUGAGACAGUUACUUAUAACGACUUAGCUCAAGCAACACGGGACUUCUCAGAAUCCAACCUAAUUGGGAGAGGAAGCUAUGGUUCGGUGUACCGAGGGAAGCUAAAGGAAAGCAAAAUCGAAGUGGCAGUAAAGGUUUUUGACCUUAAGAUGAGAGGAGCAGAAAGAAGCUUCUUGUCAGAAUGUGAAGCAUUGAGAAGCAUUCAACACCGAAAUCUUCUUCCCAUCAUAACUGCUUGCUCAACAGUAGAUAAUGUAGGAAAUGUUUUCAAAGCUUUAAUUUAUGAGUUCAUGCCUAAUGGGAGCCUGGACGCAUGGCUACAUCACAAAGGAGAUGAGGAGACCGCAAAAUGUCUUGGCUUGACUCAGAGAAUAAGCAUAGCUAUCAAUAUAGCUGACGCAUUGGAUUAUUUGCACCAUGAUUGUGGACGACCAACUGUCCAUUGCGACUUGAAACCCAGCAAUAUCCUUCUAGAUGAUGACAUGAAUGCUCUUUUGGGAGAUUUUGGAAUUUCGCGCUUCUAUCAUGAUUCUCAGUCAAAAUGGGCAGGUUCAAUUAGUUCAAUUGGUGUAAAGGGAACAAUUGGAUAUAUUCCUCCAGAGUACGGAGGAGGUGGCCAUGCAUCAACGUCUGGGGAUGUUUAUAGUUUUGGGAUAGUGUUGCUGGAGAUUUUGACGAGCAAAAGGCCAACAGAUCCUCUGUUCAAGGAUGGCCAGGACAUCAUCAGCUUUGUGGAGAAUAACUUUCCGGAUCAAGUCUUUCAAGUCAUUGACUCUCACCUCCUAGAUGAAUGCAGGAACUCAAUUCAAGGAAAUAAUUUGGUACCAGAAAAUGAGAUCUACCAAUGCUUGGUUGACCUUCUGCAAUUAGCACUUUCGUGCCUUCGUUCAUUACCAUCUGAACGAUCAAACAUGAAGCAAGUAGCCAGCAGAAUGCAUGCAAUCCAAACAUCAUAUCUUCGGUGGAAGAAGAAGUAAUAAGAGGAAGGGUGUUCCCUGAAUUGUAAAAUAACAUAUAUACUUAGACAUCCACUCGCAUGUAUUAUUGAUUAUCAUCUAGAAAAUACAAGAAUAAAACCCUUGCAAUAGAAAUAUGCUAAACAUCGUGAUAAUAUCAAAAUAUGGAAGAAAUGUAGGAUUCCCAAUUUGUUAUGGAGACAUAGAAAUCAUAAAUUUGCAGUGGAGCGAGUAUUCUUUGUAACUGUGGCCGAUUUUCUAGAUGAUGUGGUAGUUUAAAGUUCCCAAGCAAGCUACAAUACUACAUGUUAUUGAUGUUGUAAGUUAUUAGUAGUCAUAAUAAAAAUGACAAAGAUAAUGGCCAAAUUAGUGGGAUA